GCCUCUUAAUCCUCGACGCCCCAAAGCCACUGCGAUCCAGCGACACGAUCAUCGCCUCCGGAGCCGCCCAUUCUCAGAGCAAGAACCAACGGGGACACACUUCUCCAGAUAAAGAAACUUGUGGAUAUUGAAGCACCUUCAGCGCAGUCACGAGCACCAUGACGAAGACAGCGGGCGCGGGGUUAUCCGUCCUCGUGAUCUUGGCUGCCUCUUGGAUCUGCGUCUCGGGACUUGCAUAUUCUGCCUCGUCGAAGUCUGACAGCUCUCUUUGUCCCGACACCGACACCUUGCCAGCAUGUGCGGCGAAGAUGGCCCAGUGUGCCCCCCUCAAUUCGCUGUUGGCUCCUCUUCUUGGCACCCCCAGUGCCAUCAUCAGCUGUUCCAACUCGACGGGAAUUCCGCUCUCCCCUAGGUAUUACGCCAAUUUAGGGAAAGCCAUGGUGACAGGUGUGAGCUCAGACCUUGGUAGUAAGCCGACAUCAGAUCCCGUAGCCAAUCUUGCCAUCAGGCAGUGUGUCCUCAACUCAACAGGAAUGCUCGGUCCAGAUAUGGGCCUGGAUAGGAUGGCCGUCGGCGCUAGUGUGAGCCUGCUCUCCCCGCCUGAUCUGGGCUCUGCCGUCUUCGUCGCUGCCACCACAACCUGCCCGGUGCCCUCCACGCUCAAAAUCACCGAUUACAUUAAGUGCAUCAAGAAGGCAUGCAUAGCCAAUGCUGUGGUUCCGGGCAUGGCGCCGUCAGGCAUGGCUGUUCCUACUUUGUCUGUCCGCGAUAUUGCCACUCCAACCUUUUUCUAGGAGCUGAUUGUUGAUAAUGGUGAUUGAGAUGAUGAUGGGACUUUGCUAUUCAGUAAAUCUGAGUCUUAA